GUUUGUAUUUGUGUUUGUGUUUGAGUUUGGGUUUGUUGGUUACAGUCUCCGUGUACGGCGGAGUGACCCAAAAUCCCACCAUUUGUCCUCAGAAACCCAAAUAAUCAAAAAAAGAAAAGAGAGAGAGAAGAAAAAAAAGCCAUUGUUGGUUUACUUUCUCAAGGUGCUUAUUCCAAGUAAUGAAACACUAUCCAGGCAUCUCUCUCCUCCCUUCCAAAACAAGAUGAAUCAGCACAUUCCAUUUUCUACCAGAAAAGUCUGUCGGCUAAUUCUUAUUAAAUUAAAACGCAGUUCUGUCUAGUCCAUGGAAGGCUCUAUUGCUGCUGCUGCUGCUUCUUCCUUCUUGGAAAAAGUCUUCAGUCCACGCAUGCCCCAAUUUUGUGCCGCCCCGAUUGUUUUGUUUCUUAUAUUAACUUCCUCCGCCUGCGCCAUUUCCUCCUUAACUUAACUUCUCCGCGAAAGAUUCCUCUAUUCAACGUAAAAUCAUCAACAGGGGAAAGAAGAAGCAGAAAUUUUGAAGGCUUCAGAUGGGCGAAUCCGCAGUUGUUGCGGCAGCAGCCGUGUCCGUCGGAGUUGUUACGUUCUUGCUGACUAGUUUGCACUUCUGGAGGCGGCGGCGGCGGCGGCGCCUUGUUGUUGCAGAAACCGUCGAGACAAUACAGAGUGUUGAGAAUUCACAACAAUCUGGUUUUGCGACCGCGAAGCUUCAUCGCCAAACAGAAUCUGACGGCAAAAAACGACUCAGUAAUUUUGUUUACCCUCGUGGGGUUUCUCAAAAACCUCUGUUCAGUUGGGACGACAACCCUUCGCUGGUAAACGACGCGGUGGAAAAUGGUUGGACUCAAUUCGCUUUUACGGGAUAUAUGUCAUCGUCUCCGUCCUCGAGAUCCCGAUUGCUGGGUUUGUGUUCGGCCGGCGAAGUCGAGAAGGAGAUCGCGGCAGAGAUUAGCUGGGAAGUGAGUCAGGGAUCGGCGGAUUUUAUGCAGAAGAUUAGGCUUAAUUCUGGGUUUAACAAUACGAUUAACAACGCAAUCUCUCCUUCUACCCCUGCUUCCUCUGUAAUCAGAACUGCUCUGCCAUUACCGGGACCUCCCCUGGCAUCUUUCCCGCAAGAAGCGUAUUUCGAGAUCACGAUUUUGCAUAUCUCCGGGGAUGACAAUGAACCCACCGGAACGGCGAAAGAAGGCGAGAGACUUAAACUGAUACCCGAGAAUCACAUCUCCAAGACUAGCUCCGAGUCUCUGGCCUAUUUUACACCUAACAACAAAGUAAGCAACGUUGAGGAAACCAAGCUCAAUGGAAAAGGCGAGGAAGAGGAAUCCGUUGAAGAUGUAAUUUUAUCCAUUGGACUCAGUUCCGGCGGCUCUGCCCCAUCCAAACUUCCCGGCAGCUAUCCCGGUAGCAUUGGAUUCAACUCCAAUGGCUCAGUCUAUCUCGAUGGAAUCAAAUUAGUGUUUGAAUCUGAGAAAGAAGACUGGGGAAGAUCCGAGAAGGUGAUCGGAUGUGGGUUCGAUCCGAAACAGAAGAAGGUGUUCUUCACGGUGGAUUCUGAAGUGGUGCACGUGAUCCAUGGCAAGUCAGAGGAAUUCGGAAGCCCACUGUAUCCAACACUGGCGGCCAACGCCGACGUUACGGUUCUGGUAAAUUUGGGGCAAAGCGUGUUCAAGUACAUGCCGGCCCAAAGAACCCCAAAUCCUUGCUUUGUGAGCCCUCUCGUAAAUGCCGCCGGUGGUUCCCAUGGAAAUGGCUACGAAGAUAGCAGAGAGCUGUUCUCCAUGGGAAUGAUCGAUUCCCAAUGGUCUAAUCGGACCACUCCUAGACCCAACAACAAUCUUGUUGUUGACAAUCGAGACAUGGACGGCGACGAUGAGUCGUCCUAUGAAAUUGAACUUUUUGAAAUUGUCGUUGAAGAUUCGCAACAAAAGGCAAGUAAAAUGUAAACAGUGCGAAAUUGCCAAUUUCUUCUGGGUUUCUUUAUUUUUUGUUUCUCUCAGCCAAUCCCGGAGACGGUGAGUGUUGAUAGAAUACCAGUAAAACUGAGAUUGAAUUAUCCAAGGCCACAAGAAAAGCACUGAAAAUGUAGUUGAGGAAAUCAAUGUAUUGAAUUUUCAUUCUUUUAAUUAUUCAUCUCUACAUCUCCGCCGAGUUGGGCUUUUGAUCGUCCUACUGCCGCCUUCUAUGGGAUCCAAUUUUAUAGCAAUGAAAAUCA